UGCCGUGCGGACUUUGUGGAGCUAGCAAGUUUCCUCGAAGGAAUUCGUCCUCCAAUAUUUUAUCCGUAGCGCUGGUCAUCAAUUGGUUGCGCCAAAGUAUUUCAACGCUUGUGCGUGCUUGCCACUGCAAUCGCACCGUCCUUUGUCUCUCGCCUCGCUUGCUGCCUCAACUUGAUGAAGUAUGGAGGCCCAAGACAGCAAGAAAGAGGUCCCCUACGGCAAGGUGCCCAUCGGCGUGUUCUGGGACAUCGAGAACUGUCAGGUGCCGCGGGGCAAGUCGGCCACCGCCCUGGUCGGCCGCAUCAGGGACCUCUUCUUCCAGGGCCACGCAGAGGCCGAGUUCUUGUGUGUCUGUGACAUCCGCAAGGAACUUCCCGAGGUUGUGCACGAACUCAAUCUGGCCCAGGUGACCGUCGUGCACAUCAAUGCCGUGAGCAAGAACGCCGCCGACGACAAGCUCAAGCAGUGCAUGCGACGGUUCGUCGACAUCCACGGGAGCCCAGCCACGCUUGUUCUGAUAUCGGGAGACGUCAACUUUUCGACGGACCUGUCGGACUUCCGGCAUCGUCGGCAAAUCCGCGUGGUGCUGCUUCACGGGGGCUCAGCACCAGAGGCCCUAACUGCCUGCGCACACGAGUCGCACAGCUUUGUGAAAGUUGCGUCCGGGUUGCCCCCCCGCUCCGCGCGCCGUAAUGAAGUUCAUUGUCUCGAGCUGAUGGUGACCAAUUUGCCGGCGGCCAAGUCACCGCACAAGAUAAAAAACCGGCUGAUGCAGCUGUCCGAGAACUGUGGAGGACGCGUAAGCUCCAUCAGCGGGGCAACGGCUGUGCUCAAGUAUCCCACCAUGAACGCUGCCCUCCGGUCACGCAGGCGCAUGGAAGGUGAAAACGUCUGCGGGAAUGCAAUUUCUGUGAGCCUGCACAAACCGCGCCGGCGCCAGUCGCGGAGCGAUCAGACCGGAGCCACGCGAAGCAGCAGUAGCAGCAGCCGAAGCCCAGAGUCGUCAUCAGUUGAGGCGGACAACUAUUACUGGCCGUCACAGCAUUUCAAAGACAGAUUCUCCGUUGUGGACGUGGGGAGCCUUGAAGAUCGCAGGCCCUCUCUGGCUGGGCCGGAGGCAGCCGUCGGGUACAGGAGGCCAAAAAAUGUAGGACACGUGUCACCUUCUUUGCGGAGUAGCAGUCAGCCAGGGGUUUCAAGCGUCUGCCACUACAAUGGUGCGCAAGUCGCAGACCCCGUUUCGGCACAGCCACCAAGCACUUCCUCCCGCAACCGUUCGUGCUCUCCGACCAAGAGCGCCAACCCACUUCUGUUCCGUAACCUUCCCGGAAUCUGCGCGGGUCUGUCGGGUGGACGCCUUCCGUUCCUCGGCCGUGUGGACGCCGUUUCCCAGCAGGGGCAUCAAAACGCAACUGUUCCUGGUAGCAGCGUGCCCUUAGAAGAGCAACUACAAAAUGUUUCGCUGAAGGAACACAGCGGCACUGCGACUUGCGUCCGUGUGACAAAUUUCGACCCCAGCCUUGACAUGAAGGUCGUCAAGAGGAUGCUCGUUGCGGUGUUUCAAGAGAAGGGGUUGACAGUCCUGAAUGUCACCGUGAAUCUCCAACAAGACGGCAACGUCGAGGCAUUUGUGUAUGUGCCCAGUGCUCCGGAGGCCGUACGAGCCUUUCAUCUCAUACAUCAGCGCCGUGUCGGUCUCUACUGUCUCCACCUCAGUGUCGACGAAGAGGUCCAGGCAGGGAUGGGGGUGCCACCGCGCUGCCUGCUUCACGACAGCACCAGGCCCAUUGCCACAGUGGCUGGCACAGCCAGACCUCUGGCGAGGCCACUUCCCGAAGCGUGUGUGCCUCGUGCGACGUGGGUGGCACAACUGAGGAGGCUGCUGGACGCGCACGACGGCAUCCUCCUGUUGGACAGCUUGAAGGCGUGUUACCGAGCUGAGUUCGGAGCGCUGCCCAUUGAGACCAAUUUGGAGAAGUGGCAGGCCGGCACGGUGCCCCUGGAACACCUGGUGGCGUCGGUGCCAGGCGUCAGCGUUGUGUCUUCUAAGCGGGGCUUCAAACGAGCCCAGCGGGAGGAAUCGUCCAACAAGACAGAGAGCAUCGUCAAGGGAUCGCCGACAGAACGGCUGGCCUUGGAUAUGGUGGAACUGCUGAGCCUGCAGCCUCACUGCCGGGUGGAAGUAGGCAGGCUGACCACGGUCUACCAGGCCCACUUCUCUCGUAACUUCUGCGUGCUCAACUAUGGCUGUGCCAAAGUGGCCGACGUUAUGGCUACCAUCCCGGAAGUCGUUGAGGUCCUAGGCCACGGCUACCAUGGUGUCAUAACGCUGACGCACGCGGAGCAGAUGAAGCGGUUCGUGUGGGACAUGGAACGCCUCUUCAAGGGGCUCAUCGCACCCAAGACCCUGUCGAUGGCCAGCCUGCUGCAACUAUACCUGACCACGUUCGAGCGGCCGCUGGAUGUGGCCGACUACGGGGUCUGCACCCUGGAUGAUUUGCUCGAAGCAUUGCCUCGUGAAACGUUUGUGGUGGAGCGUAAAGAAGGCACUGUAUUCAUCACUUAUCCCGAAUCGGCGCCUCCGGAUCCAACGUUGGAGGUAGCGGAGCGCCUGCGCCUGUUUGCCAGGGAACUGGUGCAGCUGCUGAGUCCACUGGGCGACAAGGGACUUCCAGUGCACAAGUUGGGUCACGCCUACCAGCAAGAGUUUGGCCGACCCCUUCGCAUUGCCAACUACCUGCCGUACGGGAAGAUGACCCACCUGAUAGAGGCCAUCUCCGACGUAGCUGAGAUUCAUAAGAGUGGCAGGCGAAAAAUGGUGCGACUGGUGCCUGGCUACCGGCAUCCGAGUAGGCAGCUGCCGCCUGUGCCUAAAGAGAAGACAAGUCAGACUGUCGAGGAAAGAGGGUCAGUGGAAGGCCCGGAUAAGAGGUCGGAGGAGGCGUGCGUCCUGGACCUGCUGUUCGAGCCCAACGACUGCAUGGACAUGGCCGAGCUGUGGGGGGCCUUCCACCAGCGAUGGGGUUCGUACCCGGACCUCGUGCUACUGCGCGGCCUGGAGCACAGCGGCUGCGUCAUUGUCGACCGGUGCACUGGCCAGAUGAAGCUGUCGCCCCUGUACCAUCUAGCCUGGCAGCUGCGCCGCUUGCUCUAUCCCGUCACGGAGCCAGGCGAAGAGCCAAAGAUGUCCCUGGUCCUGCUCGAAGAGGCUUACCUUCGCAGAUAUGGCAAACCUCCUCCGCUGCAGCAGCUAGGUUUCAAAAGCCUAGAAGAGCUGCUCAAUUCACUGCCCAAGUACUUCGACAUGUGCUGGGACCGAGACGCACGGGCUGUCAGCCUUGUGGAGGUCAACAGGGCGCCUGCGGAGACUGUCGCGAACGAUCUGUCGUCAGUGUCGACGGUGCGAGUGCCCUCAGCAGCGAACUACUCAACCGUAGACCAGGCAACGACGAGCAGUUUGGAGAGCUGCUCUGAGCCAGAGUUGCUGGAGCUCUGCAGGCAAGCCGAACCGGAACUAAUGCAGCUGCACCCGGAGCCCGUGCCAUGUCACCUGCCGGAACCGGAACUUCUGGAGCUGUUCCCGCCGACGGAUGACAGCCUGCUCGACGAGCCGAUCCCGAGCAACGUGCCGUCGCCCGUUCAUCUGCCCCGAAGUCCCACAGGCUGGCGACCUCAUUCAGUUUGACGGGGCCGACUCUGUUGCACGGCCAAGGUCGGAGACAGACUGCUCUGCAUCACCCGUCCAGACGACCAAGAAGAGAAGGAUCGCUGCGUUGUUCCCGGUCCUGCUGUCGCAAUAACUGCCUCCGCUGUCAAGCCAACAGCCCGCGGAGCGUGCUUUCCUCGUUGGGGAUCGUGUCUCGAGGGACCACAUCUUCCGCCCGCAGCACUGCCUUCACCAUUGUCGUCGGUUUUUUUUUUUCUUGCAUUGUCUUCUUGCGUCGCUUGCAAAUGUUCAUUUGUUGCAUUUCACGACCUUGUGAAAGUGGCCGUCGGCCAAUAUCUUUAGUUUCGUCCCUACUAUUUUUUUUUUUUGCUGUUUAUUCAUGCUGAAAAUCUGAAAAUGUGCUACAUGCCGAAGAUGCUGAUGGCAGAAGAUAUUCAGCGUGGUACCCGGCCUGUCACCGAGCUGUACGAGACUUUUUCUCGUUUUUGCUUGCUUUCUCAGGCGGGACUGGGAAUUUUUUCUUUUUAUUACUUUAACUGGCAUUUUUUUCAUCCUGUUCUCAUUCAUAUGAUCGAUUUUCAUCUGUUCUGCACCAUGGUCUUCAUUUCGCACUCAUAUUUUUUAUAACACUAACUACACUUUCAUCAUGUUUCAUAAUCAUACAAGACAUUCUUUCUUUCUUAAUCUUUUUUUCCUUCACUUACUCAGUUUAUCAUGAUGAGUCAUAUUUUUUCUAUGACUUCAACUGUAAUCCUGUCUGUCGUACGAGACAUGCAUCUUCAUUGUCUCACACUUCCAAUAUCGGGAUCUGUGUACAGCCAUUUCUCUGCGACUUCAAUCUCUCAUUUUUCGUACGGUGAUGUAGCUAUCAGCGCACACCAUCGAACACUCGCAACCUUCUAAGGGAUCGAAGAAAUGCUUAGCCAAGUACUGGUUGCUCUUCUAGUCGCUGCACUUGUUAGUGUCCGUGUAUUUUACGCAUCGUCAUAUUUCGUUUCUCGUUUUACCUUACAAUACAGGACUUGCAGGAAAGCUCAGUUCCUCGAAAACAUUGGCGCAUAGGUUCAGAAUCUGCUUAUUGAAAAUGUGCAUUUUGAUGAACACUUUAGUAGUUGCAGCUUACACGGGGAUCAAUUAACUUCCAAUUAAGAUCCCUUAAGGGGGCAGACUGGUCUUAGACAUUUUUUUUUGUUUAUUUCUUCA